CUUGUGCACCUGGUAAGGUCAUGGCAGAGCUGGAAGAGGCAGUGUACGAAGACUUGAACUACUCCUACGCUCUGGAGUACUCCCCAGAGUUGGAGUUGGAGGAGGAAGCGCCUCUGGGAGCUGCUCACUGGCUCUCCCUGCUGUUGUGUGGUUUGGCAUUUAUUCUGGGAAUCCCAGGGAAUGCCAUUGUCAUCUGGCUCACGGGAUUCAAGUGGAAGAAGACUGUCACCACAAUCUGGUUCCUUAAUCUGGCCAUCGCAGACUUCGUUUUUGUUCUCUUUCUGCCGCUGUACAUCUCCUAUGUGGCUAUGCAUUUCCACUGGCCCUUUGGCACGUGGCUGUGCAAAGCCAACUCCUUCAUUGGCCAGCUGAACAUGUUCUCCAGCAUUCUCUUCCUGACUGUCAUCAGCCUGGACCGCUACAUCCACUUGAUCCACCCCGUCUUGGCUCAUCGGCACCGAACCCUGCAGAAUACUGUGGUUGUUGUGGUAGUAGUCUGGCUGUUGGCAGCUCUCAUUGGUGGUCCUGCCCUGUACUUCCGGGACACCCUGGAGCUCAAUAACCGCACCCUUUGCUAUAACAAUUUCCAUGAGCACGAUCCGGAUCUCAUUGUGCUGAGACACCAUGUUCUGACCUGGGUGAGAUUCAUCCUUGGCUACCUUUUUCCUUUGCUAACACUGAGCAUUUGCUAUUUGUGUCUCAUCUUUAAGGUAAAGAAGCGAAGCAUCCUGAUUUCUAGUAGGCAGUUCUGGACAAUCCUGGCUGUGGUCAUAGCCUUUCUAAUUUGCUGGACUCCUUAUCAUCUCUUUUCUAUCUGGGAGCUCACCAUUCACCACAACAGCAGCUCCCACCAGGUGCUGCAAGCUGCAGUGCCCCUGUCCACUGGGUUGGCAUUCCUCAAUAGUGGCUUGAACCCCAUGCUUUAUGUCCUAAUUAGUAAAAAGUUCCAAGCUCGCUUCCGGUCCUCACUUGCCGAGAAACUAAAGUCCACGCUAUGGGAAGUAAGCUGCUCUGGCACAGUGAGUGAACAGCUCAAGGUCUCUGAAACCAAGAGCAUGUCCCUCAUGGAGACAGCUCAGUGACUUAGUGCUUUUCUAAAACUGGAGAGAGGUUUUGUGGCAAGUCCCCUGACAAAUACUUUCUUUUUUUCU